AUGGCCAGGCGCUCGUCAUCCGACAGCGCUCAGCGCAGCGCCGCCGUCCAGCGUCUCAUGGAAAGUGCAGACGAGUCACUGAGUCUGCUCGCGUCUCUGGGUGACGGGCCAACAGCCGCCUCACGUCGUGCGUGCGACCGCUCGAUGGCCUCCCCUGCGUCCGUGGCAUCGGAGCGGUCUUCUAUUAGGAACCCCUCGACACAAGUGGGCGCUCCAACCGACACGUCGUCGCUCGCGCACGCUGUCGUGCAUCCAUCUGCAGGGUCGUCAGACCUGCUGCACGUGAAGGGCGUGUUUCCUGACGCCUCGACCGAGUACGUGGACGUGGACCCUCGCUGUACAACGGUUGGGGACUUGAAGCACGCGCUCUGUGCACGUCGAGACUCGAUAAAGGCAUUGGGCUUUAGUGCCCGUGAAGCCCGUGUCAAGUUUGGUGGACAGCUCGUUCAAGACGCGUGGCUCGCUGUGGAUUGCGGUGUGCGCUGGGAAGGAGCCAUUUCUAUUGUCCCUGCAGCGCCUGAUGACGACAGCAAAGUUGCCCGUCGCCCACUUGACAGCGUUGAUGGCAGUUACGGCAGUAGACGCAAUUACAGCAACACCGCGACUCGACGGUCGGAUCCGAAGCUGGUGAUCUCUUCGAUCUCGUCCGUCUAUCAACAGGAGCAGUCACAAUUUCUCUCAGCAGAUGGUAUGGACACUACCGACCACGUGAUUCCUGAGUUGGCGACGUUCGAUUGGUCGCUGUCGAUUGGCUCUGUGCCGUCGACGCGAGAUGAGGGCUUGUUCUCAAGUCGUGUGCGACCAGAAGAAGCAUUGUUUGCUGAGAUGGCAGCAGAUUUUUACGCCAAUGUGGCGCAGGUGCAAAACUCGGAUCUGUAUUGCGAGAAGCUGCUGCGUGGAUAUAUUACUGUGCUGCAGACUAGACUGGAAAAGAUGGAAGCCACGCCUGCGGACAGUUGGAAAGCUGUGUCGAUGGUGACGCACGAGAGGUUGCAGAAGGACAUGAAAGAGUUGCGCGACGAACGGAAUACGUGGCGACUGCUGUUUGAGCUGCGACAGGUGUGCAGCACAAGCAAGCAGGUGGUAGACGACGAGGACAUGUGUGCGGUGCUAGACCAAGAUACGGAAGAUCUGCGGUUUGAAAUGCUGGAAGACGACGCAGUGCGUUUGCUAGAAGCACAGAACGAACCGUUCAAGGUUCAAAAAGCAGUAAAGGCGUGGUUGGAGAGCAUGGCGCUGGAGAACACGAUCACCAUUAGCGAGAAGCGUGGAACCAGUGGAUCGCGUACGUUGACGAUGAUGAGAAAACAAGGUUUUGCGGGAGAAAAUGUCCAGGUGGAUCCGGAUGCAGUGCUGCGCGACGGGGACGAUCACAUUUUGCCCGAUGACAUGGAGGACGAAGCUGAGUUGUUGAAAGCUGUUUGGUUGUAUGUUCGUGCGGGACGAAUGGUCGAUGCAAUUGAUUUAUGCAUCCGUUUGGGCCAGUCGUGGAGAGCAGCGAGCCUCUCGGGAGGAAGUUCGGUUGGUGUGAGUGAAACGAAUGACCGCGAUGGUUUGUCGCUUGAGCGAUGGGGCAAUCCAUUGCGUGCACUUUGGAAAUCGGUGUGCUGGCGCUUGUCAGAACAAGCUCCCUACGGAAAACUAUCCAAAAGCAAAAGUCUGCUUGCGAAACAGUACGAGGAGCUUAUAUAUGCAGCGCUAAGUGGCAAUAUUCAGGUUAUUACAGAAAGUCCGCUUUGCGAGAGCUGGGAAGAUCACUGCUGGGCUUAUCUGCAGGGCAUUACAGAACAUCAACUUGAUGAAAUAUUGUUCAAGCUUCUAAAGGUGAAAGCUCAGUCGUCGCAGUUGGUUGUUGGCAACAAUGCCCAUUACCUUCGUCGUUUUGCUGACUUGCUGGACAAGACGAAGUAUUUGAAACGCUAUCAACCUGAUCUAGAUACGCUAUUUGAUGAGCUGCGGGGUAGCCAAAGCGAGCUUGUCCGCAUGCAGGCCAACCAACCCCACCGCCAAAUUCAGGCCAAGUUGGUGACAGGCAAGUUUCAGUACAUCGUGUCAAAAGUUCUGGGCACGCUGCUGUUGCACCCGGAGGACGAUUCGUACAACUGGGACUUGAAGUUGAACUCGAUGGUACCAUCCGACGAAAUUUCUUCGAUCUAUUUACGCUUUGCAGCCCAUUUUAUCAUGCUCGCCGGCUUUACUGGCGAACACUUUGAUGUGGAGACGGGUCACAUGAUUUUAAAGUUGUACAUUCGGUAUCUGGUAAAACACCGCCAGCUGCAAUUUGUGCCAGUCUAUGCCUCUCGACUUCCUACCGCAGGUGCAAUCGAGAUAUAUGUGCAGAUGCUGUCUACUAUUGACGAUAGCUUAGAGCGCGAGCUCUCCGUCAAGCAAGUUGCAGCGCAUGCCGGUAUGGACAUCCUAUCAAAUGUGCUACAAUCUGUGGUGGAGCGUCAGUGUGAGGAAUAUCGGUCGGUUGCUCAUAAACAGCAACAGAAGAAGGGUCAAUCGGUAUCUUUUGAUGUUGCGACGACAGACAUUGACAGGAGGCGGAUUCGGACGAUUGAGUUCUUGUGCUUCUUUCCUGAACACCGAGCGGAAGCGUUGGUCCGUACAAAUUUGCUUAUGCGUCAGUUCCUUUUCGAGGGGAAGUUUGCGGCUUUAAAGGAGCUCGUCAGGGAGGCUUUACCAGAGGACUCAAUUGGCGUUUUAGAUGUUACCCGUGACACCCAGCUACUGCAUACAAGUGACGAGAUUGACCGGGCCGUUCGCGAAUUUCUAUGCUGGCGCAUAUACAUUCACGCUUCUGCGCAGUUUGAUUUAUGGAGAAAUUGUGUGAGCAGUCUUGCUGUGGAGGCGCUGUCACUGUACAGCGAAGAAAAGGAGUACUUGGCGGAAUUAAUGCUCCAUGUUUCACGAUCAACAGCCGCUACGUUGGAGGUGCUGCGCUUUGCAAACGGAUGGCUGGUGGGUUGUUCUGACGAUGCCGUCGAAGACGCUGCUCUUCGAAAGCGUUGUUUGCCGUCUCUCGUGUUCAAUUUGCACUCAAUACAGCUUGGGUCCGCCAAAACGAUCAUGCGUUUGGUCCAUUAUCCGGAGAAUGCCAAGGUGGAGCUUGCACGGCCUUUACUAGAAAAGUCGAUCGAGGUCGCUGACGUGGUUGCUGAUGAGCAUUACGGUGUGUACGAAACGCUAGACCAGGAUAAGUGUCGGGAUCUGCUCCACGGCUUUCGUGAAAGCGCUAUAUCGCUGGCAUUCAUUGAAAGUGUGGCGGUUUCUCCUGACUUCAUCGAGAAUACCUGUGACAGAUUACCUAAUGACAAUUAG